AUGGCCAGAACCAAGCAAACCACUCGCAAAUCCACCGGUGGCAAAGCCCCCAGGAAGCAGCUCGCCACUCAGGCUGCUCGCAAGAGCGCCCCGGCCACCGGCGGUGUGAAGAAGCCUCACCGUUACAGGCCCGGCACCGUGGCUCUGAGAGAGAUCCGUCGUUACCAGAAGUCCACUGAACUGUUCAUCCGCAAGCUGCCCUUACAGCGCCUGGUGAGAGAAAUCGCCCAGGACUUCAAGACCGACCUGCGCUUCCAGAGCUCCGCCGUGAUGGCCCUGCAGGAGGCUAGCGAGGCUUACCUGGUCGGCCUGUUCGAGGACACCAACCUGUGCGCCAUCCACGCCAAGCGGGUGACCAUCAUGCCCAAGGACAUCCAGCUGGCCCGCCAUAUUCACGGAGAGCGCGCAUAA